GUAAAUUAGCGAGAUUCGCAAGAUGUCCGGCGAAAAGAUCGAUAUCACCCCAAAGAAGGACGGUGGAGUGUUGAAACUCAUCAAGAAGGAGGGUCAAGGAGUUGUCAAGCCAACCACUGGAACGACCGUGAAGGUGCAUUACGUCGGAACUCUUGAGAAUGGAACCAAAUUCGAUUCAUCCAGAGAUCGCGGUGAUCAAUUCUCAUUCAAUUUGGGAAGAGGAAAUGUGAUUAAAGGUUGGGAUCUCGGUGUUGCCACAAUGACCAAAGGCGAGGUGGCGGAAUUCACAAUUCGCUCGGAUUAUGGAUAUGGAGACGCGGGAUCACCACCGAAGAUUCCAGGAGGGGCAACGCUGAUCUUCGAAGUGGAGCUUUUUGAAUGGAGCGCCGAGGAUAUCUCUCCGGACAGGGAUGGGACGAUUCUUAGAACGAUUAUCGUCGAAGGAUCCAAAAACUCUUUCCCAAAUGACACCAGCAAGGUUUUGGCACAUUGCGUCGGAACCUAUCAAGGCACGGAGUUCUACAAUCGUGAAGUGAACUUCCACAUCGGAGAAGGUUCGGAAGAAGGCCUUCCGGAAGGUGUCGAGCGGGCUUUGCGUCGUUUCCAGCUUGGAGAAAAGUCAAAAAUUGAAAUUCGCGGUCAUAAGUACACCUACGGAAACUCUCCACCUGCUGGAUCAAAUAUUCCAGUCAAUGCUACUCUUGAAUUCACAAUUUUCCUGAAGGAGUUCGAAAAAGUUCCAGCGACUUGGGAAAUGACUGCAGAGGAGAAGCUUGAUGCUGCGAAACAAGCCAAAGAUCGUGGAACCAUGUACUUGCAGAAGGGAAAUCUCAAAUUGGCCUACAACAAGUACAAGCGGGCCGAGGAAGUGUUGGAGUAUGAAAAGUCAACUGAUCCCGAGAAGAUGGCCGAAAGAGAGACAAUUUUGAACGGAGCGUAUCUUAAUUUGAGUCUGGUUUGUUCGAAGCAAAACGAGCAAUUGGAGUGCAUCAAGUGGUGCGAUAAGGUCCUGGAAACGAAACCAGGAAACGUCAAGGCACUGUAUCGCAAAGCAACUGCCCUCUUGACCAUGAACGAAGUCCGAGAUGCCAUGAAGUUGUUCGAGAAGAUUGUGGAAGUAGAGCCGGAGAAUAAGGCCGCCGCUCAACAAAUCAUCGUCUGCCGUAACACGAUCCGCGAGCAAAACGAGCGUGACAAGAAGCGCUUCAAGAAUCUAUUCGCCAAAAUCUCCACAGAAGAAGACAAGCCAACCAACACUGUUGAGGAUGAAGAUGAAAUCGUUGCAUCCACGUCUGGAAGCUCUACUUCCAAUGCUUAGAUAACCUCUCUCUCCCAGUAUCCCCUAUUUAUUCGUAAUGUGUUUUCAUUGUGAUCUCUCUUCCCCAGAAUUCAAGCUAUUGUUUUCCCUUUUAUUGAUAUCGCAUAUCAUGGUAGUUGUAUACUGUAAUAUUUAUUUAAAUUAAGAUUUAUUGCUCUGU